UCGGCCGUGCUGUGCUCCCCCUCGCCGCCGGCCGAGCGGCAGGGCCAGGCCCCCCGGGACGCCGCAGUGGGGAAAAGGACGGAGCGGGUGGAGCUGCGCCCGGUGCCCGGGCCUCUGGGGCAGACACGUGGGAAAGCGGAGCAGCCCUUCAGCGCCACCGCCGGCUCCGAUCAGGAAGAUCCCGAUCCGAGUGCCGGCACCCUGCGGAGCGCCAUAGACAUACCCGAGCCAGCCGCGGGAACGCAGCUUAAUCGAGCGAAGAAGAAACCUGCUCCAGUGAAGUAUGAAGUUGGAGAUCUAGUCUGGGCUAAGUUCAACAGACGACCGUGGUGGCCCUGCACAAUCUGUCAUGAUCCAGUGCUUGACUGUCACUCAAAAAUGAAAGUUUCCAAUCGGAGACCAUAUCGAGAGUACUACGUAGAUGCCUUAGGAGACCCUUCUGAGAAAGCCUGGGUUGCAGGAAAAGCUAUUGUACUUUUUGAAGGCAGAUAUCAGUUUGAAGAGCUACCUGUCCUUCGGAGAAGAGGGAAGCAAAAAGAAAAAGGCUACAAGCACAAGGUUCCUCAAAGGUUUAUGGCGAAAUGGGAAGUCAGUGUUGGACAUGCGGAAGAAUUCCUUCUCAAGGAGACUGAGGAUCAGAAGUGUAGUCAGAAUUCCAGCAAGCUGAACAGUGAGGAAGUGCUGUUGGAAUCCUGCACUAAUGGCCCUGUAAUGGAACCGGACAGGCAGCUGAAUGGCUGUUUUAAAUCAUUGACGUUUGACUCCAAACACUUAGCCAGGGAGAAGGGAAGGUCGUGCACUAAAUCACAAGUGAAAAAGAGCUCAGACAGCAGGAAAAGGACUAGAGUAAAAAAGAGCAGCACCAGACUGGAAGCAUCUAGGAGAGAAAUUGGAGGAAAGGCACCAGAGAACACAGUUAGAAACAGGGUUGCUGGGGACCUGCCGGAUAAACAUGCAUCACAUGAACUUUGCCGAAUAGCAAACAGCCUAACAGCAGCCAAUGGUGCCGCGGAAAACUACUUGCUCUCUUCUUUUGGAGAGAGACGUUUUGAAAAGACAGCUUUGAAAGAGGAGUAUCAGUCUCCUCAUGGUGACUCCCUACGGGACACACUGAGAGUGGAUUUGCUUUCCAGCAGCUCUGCAGAGAGAAGGAAGAGCCCUGUAGGCCUUCUUUGCAGUUCCAAAUUACAGGUACACUAUUCUACAGCUGACACUUCUAUUGAGGAGAAAAAGCAAACAGAGUCCGAUUCGCUGACUUCCUUCUCAGAUGAUGGGACUAGUGAUCUAGAUACCGGGGACCAAAGUUCUGAGGCAGCUUGCAGUGCUCUGGAGAUUAGUGACUCUGCAGAUAAAGAAGAAAAGGAAUUCUGUACAGGGAUGAGGGGAAACAGUAAAUGUUCCAUGUAUCUCUCUCAAAACAGCAACAGAAGAGCUAAGAAAAGGUCAUCUAGAGAUCACAGAACUCCAGCAGGCCCUGUAGGUGGCAGAAGUGAUGCUGAAUCUGUGGAUGGGGAGCUCCAAGAAGCAGCCUCGGACACUGAGAUGCCUGUUAUUGCUCUAGAGUGUACUUCAGCUAUGAGAAAUGACCAUCUUUCCCUUGCACAUAAGCACCCUACGCCCCAGAAUGUUUGUCGGGAGAGCUCCCACCCUGGGAUUACAAAUCAGCUGAAUCUACACCUGAAAAACCUCAAAGUGCCCCGGCUUAUAAGUAUAAGACGCAAACAUAAGGAGAGUGCUGCUGGGGCAGAACCCCCUCUCCUAGAAGAGGAAUGUGGUGUGAAUUGCUGCUCCUCUGACACCAAAGGUUUCACUGGUCCUCCCGCCAAGAGUGGGAAACUUGAUAGUCAGUUGAAUAAUGUGCGUGAGAGAGCCAGGGAUUCUGCUGAAAUAGAGACUGCUGUGGUGAAGCAUGUCCUCUCAGAGCUGAAGGAACUGUCUUUUAGGUCCCUUGGUGAUGAAGCUAGUGGCUAUGGGACACCUAAGACCACAGCACCCUUACUCUUCUCUUCUGCCUCUGGGCAGAGUUGUUUGCCCAUUGAGCCAGACUACAAGUUCAGCACCUUGUUAAUGAUGUUGAAAGAUAUGCAUGAUAGUAAGACAAAAGAGCAGCAGCUGUUGUCAUCUCAGAAUGUGGUCCCGUAUCGAAAUGCUGGCAUGAGCAGUUCCUCUGGAAGUAAUUCUGCAAGUGGCUUGAAGGCUUUGGGUACAAAAAGACCCACUUAUAAAUCAGAAAAAAAUGGGGAUUGCGUUCUGGAAGCAACAUGUCAGAACCCCAGUGCAAGUGAAUCCUCUCUUUCGUGCAGCACUACAGCCAAGAUAACUGGGCGGAGUACUAACAAAAGGGAGCCCACAGAUCCUGCUCUUUCCGGUACGAAUGGUACAAACUGCAUCUCAAGACACAGCUGUUCACAAUCUAAGCAGUCAUCCAAACUAGCAGAUAAUGCAACAUCAGUCAGAAAGGAUUUAAAACUAGAAGGGCUGAGCAAGCUUCUAAAUCAGGUCUCCAGUAAUAUAGCGGAGAAAGCAUCCCUCCCAUGCAGGGAUAUGCAGGGAUUGGUUACUAGUCUUGUUUAUAAUGAAACAGAAGAAACUGCAAGGGAAGAGUCUCUUGAGUUAAUGGAACACUCCACUGAUGAAGACUCUGCAUGUUCAUCUGAUGACAAUUUAGAUCAUGUCAGGAAGAGGCCUGAACCUGAUAAAAAUACUGAGAGUUACACUUCUGCUGAAAAUGGUGAGGGCCUAGAGCUGGAUUCAGAAAGCUCCCUGGGGGAUGAGUCUAAUGAUGUAAACCAUGUAGCACCCAAGAAGCGAUGGCAGCGAUUUAACCAAAGCAGUGCUAGAACCAGUCGGGACGUCCAUAGAUCUAGGGACGAAGAGAGCUCCAGGGGCACCUUUGGGGGCCUGAAUUCUAGUGACUUUUCACUAAAGGGAAAGGAGUGCCUGGAGCACAGGCCUCCCACCCUUUCCCUGGGGCUUGAGGGAGACCUGACAGACCAGGACUGGGAGAAUCACUUAGACUUAGUUGUGAAAAGUUUGAAUGUAUGUGAUAAGCCAAACAAUGAUGUGAUGCGUUCAGAAUCAGAGCUUUGCCGUUUUGCUUCCCAGUCUGAGUUCUCUUCACAAGGUAAGGAGUUCGAUUUACACCUAACAGUGUGUGUGUAUGCACGUGUGCAUGUGUGGCCGUGUGUGUGCGUUCUGUAAUCCUGUGCUUUAAAAAUAUAAAACAUCAUGUUAUUGACUGGUCUAAACGGAACAUUGAGGGCAGCUAGCUGCACGCAGUUUCUGGUGUCGUGUUCUUAGACAUCUCCCAGUAAGGUGUGGAGUAGAGAGGAGGUUGUUUGAUUAUAUGAUGAUUUUUUUGUUAUAUUGUGGAGAGAGAUUAGCUUCUCCAUAGUGAAGGGAGAAGUGAGUGUCUCUUAUAAGCUGGUUUUCACCUCCACCCUCUUCCUGAAAGGUUACAACUUGCUCUUACACUGGGUAGACUGGUUCCAGAAAGUCUGGAGGAAAACAGGUUCUGCUCUUUGAACAGUUUAGUUUUGGCUCAUUUUCUCUCACACAGUUGAGCUUAGCGACCACAUUUGCUUUGUUCUGUUGGUCUCAACAAGGGCUGAUGCCCCGACUGUGUUUUAGGAUGGGAGUUAAUUAACUAUUACAAGGGGUUAUUUGGAAAGCUUGUGGAGUUCCUAACCUACAGGCUAUUUUGGAAUGGACGUUGCUGUGUUGACAUUCAUAUUGUCCAUGAGGUGAGGAGCAGGAAGGAGAGAACCACGUGGGAGGCAGGGGCUGAAUUAGAUCUGGAGGAGAGGGUUGAUGGAAGCUUCAGCUCAGGUGAGGUGUUCUGGGAAGCAGGAAGGAGGUAUCCGCAGAGGGAUGAAAUGUAAAGGAGCUCAUGAGGUCUGCAGGGGCUCCCAUCAUUCAAUAGUUCUGAAAAGUUUGACAACACUGAGGAAAUUCAGUGGAGUUGCUCAGGUGUAGCUGAGGUAGAGGUUUGUCUGCAGACUUAUAUUUCCAUUGGUGAUGCAUGAACCAGAAAGAACUCAGCUUGGCUUUCAGAUCCCAGAGUGAGCUGUAAGGCAUUGGAUUUGGUACCAUAUGACAUUUUGAUUAAAGAACUAGAAAAAUAUAAAAUGAACAUAUAGUGCAUGUUAAAUGGCUUAAAAGCUGGCUAACUGAUAGGUCUCAAAAUGUAAUUGUAAACGGGGAAUUAUCAGUGAAUGGGUGUUUCUAGCAGCAUUCUGCAAGGAUGAGUUCUUGGCAUUAUGCUAUUUAAUAUCUGUAUUAAUGACCUGGAAGAAAACAAAAUCAUCACCAGUAAAGUUUGCAGAUGACACACUAAUUGGGAGAGUGGAAAAUAAUGAAGAGAACAGGUCACUAAUACAGAGCGAUCUAGAUCGCUUGGUAAGCUGGGUGCAGGCAAACAAUAGACAAUGUAAUGUGGUUAGAAAUGUGUCUCUAGGAACAAAGAACGUAGAUCAUUCUUACAUAUGGGGGAUCUCCUGGGAAGCAGUGACUGACAAGGAUCUGGGGCCUGUGGUGGAUAAAUAGCUGAACAUGAACUCCCAGUGCAACACUGUGGCCAAAAGGGCUAAUGCAAUCUUGGGAGGCAUAAACGGGAAUCCCGAGGUUAUUUUAUUUCCGUAUUUGGAACUGGUGAGACCACUGUUCCUUUACUGUGUGUAGUUCUGGUGUCAAUAAUUCAAGAAGGAUGUUGAUAAAUUGGCGAGGGUUCAGAGGAGAGCCACAAGAAUGAGUAAACAAUUAGAAGACAUACCGUAUAGUGACAGACUCAAGGAGCUCAAUUUAUUGAUCGUAAUAAAGAGAAGGUUAAGGGAUGACUUGUUUACAGUCUAGAAGUAUCUGCAUAGGGAGCAGGUAUUUAAUAAUGGGUUCUUCAGUCUAGCUGAGAAAGGUACAACAUGAUCCAAUGGCUAGGAGCUGAAGCUAGACAAAUUCUGACUGGAAAUAAAGGGCAAAUUUUUGACUCUGAGCAUAAUCAUCCACUGGAACCAUUUCCCAAGGGUUGUGGUGGAUUCUCCAUCACUAGCCAUUUUAAAUCAAGACUGGAUGUUUUUUUCUAGGCGAUCUGGUCUAGGAAUUAUUUUGGGAAAGUUCUCUGGUCUCUGUUCUAUUGGAGGUCCACACAAUUGUCCCUUCGGGCCUUAGAAUCUAUGAAUCUUGCAGUUUUGGCUUUAGGAAAGCAGCAUUAAUCUGAGCAAAUUUAAUAGAGAGUCAUUGAGACACAAUGAACAUGGGACCUCCACGAGGCCAAUUUUACAUAGUCACUUUUCUGAGCAAAACAGAGCUUUAUAGUAGCCUGGAUGGGGAACUCUGAUGUGGUUAGUGUGUGGAGUGGAUGGCCGAGUGCUUAGAUCAAAGGCGCAGGGGCCCUUCCCUGGGAAUGGAUAACAGGUCAAACUACAACUUCGACAAGGGAUAGCAUCUCCAGUGCUAAUGCGGGGACAAGGGCAGAGGAAUGUCUAUGGUUUUGUUGUCUUUAUCACUUACAGUUCAGUACAAUACUAGAUUUUUAAUUCCUGUAUGUAAAGAUUUUACAGUAACUUCUGUUUCAAGCCUGAUUUGGUUUUCCUUUUCUAUUUUUCUUUAUUUGUAUUUAGCCCAUUUCCAGCGUUAGACUCUAAAUAAAAUUGUCUGUUUUCUCCC